UCGGGGCGGUGAGCCACUGCAGUAUCCACCUCCCCAUUAUAAAGUGACUUUAUGAGCGUUGGGUGGGGUCAGUGAGGUGGUGCUCAAUUGAUGGGGCGCGGCCAGCGGCUGACAGCGGGCCAAUUGAUACUUUGCCCCUCCAGGCUCCAGAACUUUGGCCCUGAGGGCAUCUCGGUGCCUAGCGCAGAUAGCUACCUUAAUGCAACAAGUCCGACCGAGCCUGCCAUGAUGCGCCUGCAAAGCAGAGAACGCACUCGCGACACACGAUGAAUCCGCGACAGGCCUAUGCGCCGAUGCCGCACAGCUAUGUUCCCAACUCGACGCUGUCGGCGACGAUAAACCUGGACGAGGAAGUGAAGCUCACCGAGACGCGCGCCGAGCGCGACCUGCAAGACUCGCUCGCCGAGAUCUUCGGCAUCAUCGUGACAAUUGACGAGCUGGAGAAGGCGUUUCUCAAGGACGCCAUCCCCGAGGCCGACUACACCGAGAUCUGCGAGCGGUCGCUGAAGCAGUACAAGUCGCUGGUGGCCGACGAGACGGUGGCCAAGGCGUUUGUAGGCCUCGAAGAGUUCAAGGCCGAGUGGGAUCUCGAGGUUCCCCGCGCAACGGAGAGGAUACGAGUGGGCAUGCCGUCGACGGCGGUGACGGCGUCUCUGAGCGGCGGGCAAGCGGCUGGCGGCGGUGGGAGCGGCGGCGGCGGUAGCGGUGCGGGCGGCGGCGGCGGGAACACGAGCGGGACGCUGAUCCUGGAGGCGACGCAGGACUUCAUCACGUUCCUCGACGCGCUGCGGCUGGGGCUGCUGGCCAAGGACCAGCUGCACCCGCUGCUGACGGACGUGAUCCAGUCGGUCAACAAGGUGACGGCCAGGGACUUCGAGAACCGUGGCAAGAUUGUGCAGUGGCUCAUCGCGCUCAACCAGAUGAAGGCCACCGAGGAGCUGAGCGAGGACCAGGCGCGCGAGCUCGAGCUCGACAUCAACUCGGCCUACCAGGGGUUCAAGAGCACCCUCAACUGAUCUUUUCGUGGCGCAUAUGAGCAAACUAGCAUGCCAAUAUGUAGAAGUUGUCGUGGACAGGAAACC